AUGCCAAAGCAACAGUGGACAAUAUUCUCUAACAUUUCUGAUAGUGCACCCGUUUCUAGUGGUGCAUGCAAAGCUAACAGCGACGAAGACAGCGGUGUAUGGCUGGAGUCUUGUGUGGACGGCAGGCAACAGCAACAAUGGGCGCUCUACGGCGAUGGCACCAUUCGGGUACACAGCAACCGCAACCUGUGCCUAACGUCCGAUGGCCAUUCUUCCUCGGCCGUGAUCAUCAUCCUCAGAUGCCAAGGGGUGGGCAACCAGCGUUGGGUGUUCAAUGCCGACGGCACCAUUUCAUACCCCAAUGCUAAAUUGGUCAUGAAUGUUAAAAACAGUGAUGUCUCUCUUCACCAAAUCAUUCUGUAUCAGCCUAACGGAAACCCUAGCCAGCAGUGGCUGCCCUGCUUCUGA